AAAAAAAUUCUUUAAAAAUGAAGAAAAUGACUAAAAUACAAAAUAAUGCCGCCUCUAAGAUUGUAGCGGCACCCUCAUUAAUUCUCACAGGCACACAAGCUUUGUUACUCCCUGUAAUACUCUCUACAUUAAUUGUUACCAGAACAAUCGCUGCACCAGCACAGAAAUCAGCUCUUGUAGCUACUCCGCCUAAAGAAAAUAUAAAGCGAGCUUUUGACUCUUUUGGCACUCCAGGCUUUACAGGUUUUGACAAACGUUCGUUUGACUCCUUCACAGGCUCUGGAUUCACUGGGCUGGAUAAGCGUUCUUUCGACUCAUUUGUAGGGAAAGGCUUUACUGGAAUGGACAAGAGAGCUUUUGAUUCAUUUGGCACUCCAGGCUUUACCGGCUUCGAUAAACGCUCUUUCGACUCCUUCACAGGCCCAGGCUUCACUGGCCUCGACAAACGCUCAGCUUUCGAUUCUUUUGUGGGAAGGGGUUUUACAGGAAUGGAUAAGAGGGCUUUUGACUCUUUUGCUGGAAAUGGGUUUACUGGAUUUGAUAAGCGCAAUUUUGAUGCUUUUAUGGGCCCUGGCUUUACCGGACUGGACAAAAGAGCAGCUUUUGAUUCGUUUGUUGGACGAGGAUUUACUGGAAUGGAUUAA